AAUGCUGUGUUUGAAUUUUGGAGUGCAAGCCAUACUGCAGCCAUUGGGGGGCGCUGUCGCUCCGUACUUGGGAGAGAGUACAACGACAGCGGUUUGCGCCUGCGCACGAACGCCUUCUCUGUUGGACUGUAGUCAUUCAAGAAAACAAUGAUGCAGGGCGCGCGGCAGCUGAUGAAGGUGUACGUGACGAGGAGAAUUCCACCAGAGGGGAUGAAGGUGCUGACGGAGGCUGGAGUGUGCAAGGUGUCUGUGUGGGACUCUGACGAGCCUGUGCCCCGGGCGGAGCUUCUGGAGGGCGUGUCUGGGGCCCACGGGCUGCUGUGUCUGCUGUCGGAUCGCAUCGACACCGAGGUGCUGGAUGCAGCAGGGCCCAACUUGAAGGUGAUCAGCACUUUAUCUGUGGGCUUUGAUCACCUAGCCAUCAACGAAAUCAAGAAACGAGGGGUGCGCGUAGGGUACACCCCGGAUGUGCUCACUGACGCCACAGCCGAGCUGACUGUCGCUCUUCUGCUAGCCACUGCGCGGCGGCUGCCCGAGGGGGUGCAAGAGGUCAAGAGUGGUGGCUGGAGCACAUGGAAGCCCUUGUGGUUGUGUGGUUACGGUUUGACUGGCAGCACAGUCGGCGUCAUCGGCCUCGGACGCAUAGGCCUGGCCAUCGCCCGCCGUCUGAAGCCUUUCGGGGUGAAGAGGCUGCUGUACUCCGGACGGGCCGCCAAGCCUCAGGCUGCGGAGGUGGAGGGAGAGUAUGUGCCCCUGGACACGCUGGUGUCCGAGAGCGACUUUGUGGUGGUGUCCUGCUCUCUCACCCCCGACACCCAGGGGCUGUGCGACAUGGCGUUCUUCAGUAAGAUGAAGAGCACCGCAGUCUUCAUCAACACCAGCAGAGGGAGCGUGGUGAACCAGGAGGACCUGUAUGAGGCCCUGUCCAGCGGGCAGAUCGCCGCGGCGGGGCUGGACGUGACCACGCCCGAGCCCCUGCCCACUGACCACCCGCUGCUGACCCUGAAGAACUGCGUGGUCCUUCCCCACAUUGGCAGUGCCACCUACUCCACCCGGGGAAUCAUGGGAGUGCUGUCAGCCAACAACCUGCUGGCAGGGCUGCAGGGAGCGGCCAUGCCCAGCGAGCUUGCGCUCUAGCGCCCUCUUGUGUCCACUGAAUACUUCAGCAAUGUUCCUCAUAGAAUUUCCUCCUUCCUAUUCAUGGAAUUUGGAGUUUGGAGGGACUUGUGCUCAUGGUUCCAGAGAAAAGCCUAACAUUGCAAGUCAAUCUUUGGACGUAAGUCAGUCAGUACCUAAUACAGAGAGUUAUUUUUAUUCUUGAAGGAUUUUAGGCUAAGAAAUUUAGAAAGGCAGGUUUAUACAUCACAAACUCUAACAUUUUAAGCAUCACAUAGACAACAUGUUUCCUAAGUGUUUUAAUGUGGUCCGAUAUAAGAGAGAAACAAUACUGGCAUGUGUGCCCAUGACCUAGAGCCUUUGAGGAUGGAGGGAAAUGGUCCUGUAAAGACUUAUACUUCCUGUUUCCUGUGCCAUUUCCCAUACCCAACACAUCCUGGGAAAGGACUGAGCAAGUCUGGGCAGUAUGCAGAUGGCAGUGAGGAAGAGGAUGAUAGGGACUGAAUGAUAACAUUUCUCCCAUCUAAAGAGAAUAAUGAUGAAUAAUAAUUCCAUCACUAUUGAGUAAUGAAUCUGUGCGUUUUUUCCAUUGAGAAAUGCAGGCUUUCGCCAGGAAGUGUCAGUGCAACCUUGUGCCAGAUGUCCAGCAGUCUCUGCUUAUACAGCUCAUCUCUGUCCUGUGUGUGUGUGUGGGGAGAGGGUGUGUGAGUGUGUGCGUGUGUGUGCAUGCGUGCGUUUGUGUGUGUGUGUGUAAUGGAGGACUGCAUCUGCUGCGACUGCAAGAGAGUGAGUGAAGAGAGAUGCAGUUUGUCCAGUCGGUCCUCUCUGCCUGUAAAGUGAAAUCUUUCGUUUAUGAAGCGUUUGAUCUUCAGCCUCCUGCUGAUUCUCUUUCCUGGCACAGGGAGGAAUAAACCAAACAAAAUAUU